AUGGGAUCAGAGCUUCACCCCGUUCUGGGGUUUCCAGUGUCAGCAGAAAUUGUCUCCGUUUCCUUGAUUGAUUGCGGUGCUCGUCUAGAUCUUCCAGCAGAACAUUUCUUAUCUCCAAAUAUAGAAGGCCACGAGCGUCUUCGAAUCCCUUCGUAUUCAUUUCUAAUAAACCACCCAUCGAAAGGCAGGGUAUUAUUUGAUCUAUCCCUACGAAAGGACAUUCAGAACCUUGCCCCGAUCAUGGCAAACCAUAUAAAUAAUCCAAGCAUAGGAUGGAAAGUGUCAGUGCCCCAGGACGUGCCCGAUACAUUGAUCGCGAAUGGCAUUGAACUACACGAGAUAAAGUCUAUCUUUUGGUCGCAUCAACACUUUGAUCAUAUUGGCGAUCUAUCCAAAUUCCCGAGCAGCACAGAGCUAGUUGUCGGGCCGGGAUUCACGGAUGCAUAUACCCCAGGGUAUCCAGAUAAUCCAGAUUCCCCCGUGAAAUCGGCUGAUCUGAAGGGGCGUCGAGUAAAUGAACUCGAUUUCGACAAUGACCAAGAGUCUAUUUCUAUCGGACGGUUCAAAGCCUUUGACUGGUUUGAAGACGGCAGUUUCUAUUUGCUAGAUGUCCCAGGUCAUUCGGCUGGUCAUAUCUGUGGCUUUGCUCGUGUAAAGCCUGAUUCAUUUAUCUUAAUGGGCGGGGAUUGUGCCCACCACCCUGGAGAAUUUCGGCCCUCGAAGAUUGCUCCCAUUCCUAAACAUCUUACUCCUUUGCAUGUAGCAGUGCAUUCGAAACAGACAACUGUCUGCCCAGGGAACAUGGCUGAAAAAAUCAGUACAAACUCGGAUAUUGAACGGUCACCAAUCUAUAAGGCUGCUGCAAUAUUUACUUAUGACGUCGACAAAUGCCAGUGGAGUGUGGAAGGUAUCCACGAACUUGAUGCUUGCGAAAAUGUGCUCGUGAUCAUAGCUCACGACGGCGGGAUUUUACCUGUACUCCAGCAGGCAAACGGGAAAGAAUCCUCGUUCAUUUUUCCAAAAGGAGAAUUGACUGGAUGGCAAGAAAAUGAUCUCAAGGAGGCUGUUAAGUGGCUUUUCCUGUCUGAUCUAGCAGUUGUUUCUUGA